CUAUGGCUAGUGACCUAUAUGUGAUGAAUGUUAGUUACUGAACAAGCCAGAAAAUGGAAAGGUAUUACUGAAUUGUUAAAGAAAAAUAAAGUUUUAUUAAGAGCUUCAGUUUUCUUCGUUUUCAAAGGAGUUUUAUUGCGAGGAAAGCAAUUGGUUUUUAACAACAAAUAAUUGCUCGUUUGUCGUUAAAAUUAAUACUAAUAAUUCCUCAAUCACGUCUGUCCUACACUCAAGAUAACCAAAAAAAAUGUUGAAACAGUUGGAGCAACUUUGUAGAAUUUGCGUUAAAAAAUAUCAGAGUGAGUUGACGUCAAUAGAAAAUACAUUAAUAGAUUAUCAAACCUUUCAGAUGUCUGCUAAAGAAGUUUUAAGUUUUUUUAUCGAUGAGGAGCUCCUAAAAAGUCAGGAAUAUCCGCAACUCAUCUGUACUGAAUGUCUAAAUCUAGCAAGAAGUGCAUUUUCCUUUAAAGUAUUAUGUGACAAAUCCUUAAUUCAUUUGGCACAAUAUUUUGCCAAAAUUAAAGAAGUUGCAAAAGAGAAGCUCUUACAAACCAGUCAUGAUAACAUUGAUGGAAAGUAUGCUGUUCAAAAAUAUAUUGAUGAUGACGAUGAGAAGUAUGAAAGAAUAGAUUAUGAGACUGAUACAUCCUUAAAAAAUGAAAAAUUUCAUAAUGAAACUAAUGCUGAACAAAAAAGUUGCAUUGAAAAAAAAAGUAAGAAUACAAGGAGAGGAAGACCAAAGAAAAAAAGUAUCAGUUCUAAAGCAGAAGAAACAAUUAACACACACAAACAAUCAGACAAAAUGAAAUCUAUUGAAGAGAAGACCUACAUAAAGGAAGAUAAUAUAUUAGAAAAUAUCUAUGUUUGUUCCAUUUGUCAUAAGUCAUUUACCAAUAAAUAUAUAUUUUUUGCACACAAGAAGAGACAUGAACUCAAAGGACAUUUUUUAUGCAACAUUUGUGGGAAAGGGUUCAGUUCACAAGGCUGUUUAACAAGACAUAACAGGAUGCAUACUGGAGAAAAGAAUUUUCAAUGUAAUGUCUGUCUGAAAAGGUUUCCUUCAUCAAACAAUUUAAAUUUACAUACGCGCAUUCACACUGGUCACAAACCUUACUUAUGUACUGUUUGUGGAAAGAAGUUUAGUCAUCCAACAGGUCUGACCUACCACAUGAGAACACACACAAAAGAGAGACCCUAUUCAUGUGAUGUAUGUGGAAAAAGAUUUACAAUUCAAUGUCACUUGGAUAGGCAUAAAAAGAUUCAUUCUGGAGAAAGACCUUUUGGCUGUUCACAAUGCAGUAAAGCGUUUAUAAAGAAAAUUGAUUUGCAAAGACAUGAGGCUAUCCACUCUGGAGAGAAACCGUUCACGUGUAGUGUCUGUGAGAAGAAAUUUCUGAGAAAAGUUCACCUCAAUUUACAUAUGAUGUUGCAUACUGAAGAACGACCUCAUGAAUGUUCACAUUGUGGAAAAGGGUUCAUUAGAGCUUAUUACCUUAAAGACCAUAUUAACAAGCAUCACGUAGUACCAGAUUUUGGUAAUGAAAAACAAGAUAAACCAAUUGUAAUUCUUCCCCUGUUCCCAAACGAGAAAUCUGUUGAUAUAAUUUUUACACAAGAUAAAAGGUCUCUUGUUUUUUCUGACAUUACAAUAAAUAAUUAGAUCAAAUCACAUUGUAAACAUUGUUUAAUUAAAAAAAAAACAUCGCUUGUAUUUAAAUUGAGCUUUUUUUUCCUUAUUUACCAGAAGAUGAUGUAGCU